AUGGCAUUCUAUACUCGCAUACGGCUUGUUACGAACCUUCCACUGUCUCCUGGCGUGCUCGGAGAACGUGUCGUUUCUAUUCCACCCGCUUCGAACAGUUGUCUCUACAGGGGGCCGCUUUCUGAUCCUGAGAUACAUCCGACCACCGUGAGUGGGACGUGGUAUCCAGCAGCGCCCCCUAAGUCGACGUCCCUAAGAGAUACUGCUCGCGAAGGUGGAGGUAUCCUGUUGCACUUCCACGGCGGCGGCUAUGUCAUCGGCAGUGGGCGACCCUUGGAUAGUGGGCACAUGGCAAAUAUUCUAACGCGAUACGUCACGCCCUUCGCGUUGUUCGCCGAAUACCGUCUGUCCUGCACUCCAGAUGGCCGGUUUCCAGCAGCUUUACAGGACGGAUUAUCAGCAUACUUGUUCCUGUUGGACCAAGGUGUGCAACCACAACAUAUUGUGCUUAGUGGCGACAGUGCGGGUGGCCACUUGGUUGUUUCCCUUCUACACUAUAUCGACGAGUUCCUUGCGCCAGGUAUAGUGAAACCUAGUAUCCAAGCGCCAUCGUGCGCCCUCCUCUGGUCUCCUUGGUUUGAUGUUGCUGGUGCAGCAUUUGCAUCCGAUGUUGCCUCUCGCCCUCGCUAUCACACUGACUACUUACCGGCAUCAUUCGCUGAGUGGGCUGUUGCCGCGUUCGCUCCGUUGGCCUCUGUCGACAGGGACAGUGAGUACGUGACCUUGCUGCACAGGCCUUUCAAGACGAAAACCAAAAUAUGGACACAUGUCGGUGCUCUCGAGUUAUUGUACGACGAGGUGAUUGAGUGGACCGAAGAAAUGCGACAGGUCGGAUGCGAUAUUUCCCUAAUGGUGGCAGAGCGUGCAUACCAUGAUGUAGUCGAGAGUUCCUAUAUCAACGGGUUCAAAGCGGAAAGCGAGAAAGCUGCGUGCCUGGCAGGAGAGUUUGUCCGGCGAGUCCUGAGUCCAUAA